AACGGAUCAGAUAGGUCCACAAUCCCCUCAACAUGGCGUCCACGUCACGCCUCAAGGUAGUAACCUUCGGAAUGGACCUUCUAUGCACGUUGUUGGCCUUGGUACUGGUAUCCUUUGGGAUUUACGUGGUGGUAUCAUACGAUCAUAAUGCAGUCGGUUCCUUAUCCGCCUAUGCAUACGUGGGUCUGGGAGUGUCCGCCCUGGUCAUCGUGCUUUGGGGACAUCUGUCCACUUGGCGCAAAAACGUGUGCUGCACAAUCACAUUUACUGUAUUUCUUUUCCUAGUCAUCGUUGCCCAGCUGACUGUCGUAAUUUUGUUGUUUUCACAUGACAUAAGUGUGGCAUCCAACUUGUCAAAUCCCGUGGAAACGACUUGGGAGGAGGAGCUGAACAGUCCAGGAGCCAUGUCCCUCUACCAAAAUUGGUUCCAAUGCUGUGGCCGUAGCAGUCCUCAGGACUAUAUCAUAAACGACAGAUUGCCUCCAAACUCCUGUUUCCUCAACCACGACAACGCCAAAAACGAGAAUCUGAUUCUCACUGGCUGUCGGGUAGAGCUCGAGAACUACUGGCUGAAUUUGUUAAGCAUUUUCAAUAUUCUGGCUUGUGCCCUUAUUGGUGUCGAGCUUCUGUUGGGUGUAAUUUAUUGCCUCCUCUGUAAUAAGAUUCGACGCGAUGCAAGUCGCACCUAAUACUAUUAAUUGGAAUAAUUCGCAUUUAUAACAAACUCGGCUUGUUAAAAUCGGGAAAUAACUUGUUAUAUUUAACAAAAAUGAAUGAAAAGAGCGGUUUCCAAUGUACAAAUAUGUGUACUAGGAACAAUUGAUUAACUCAUUUUCGCCAUGAGGUGUACUUCAUUUGUUUUUCGAUAAAAGGUUUCCUAAAGAUUUUAUACAGAGCUAGCAAAACACAGCAUUUAAAAGUUAGGGAAAAGUAGUGAAAUCCAAAUAGUGAAAAGUUGUCCAGAAAUAGUGUUCAGCUGAGAGCAACACAAUUUUUUGUUUUCUCUUCCAUUUAUCUUUCAUAAAUUAAUUAAUUCCGCUUAAAAAAAAGGAAAAAUGGCAUUGAGGCUUAUAAGGCGUAUUAAUGAGUUCAGACUACUUGUGAAAGUAGUCUAGCCACGAACGACAGACCCUUUACGCUAUUGGACUGUGAAGGGAAGGACAAAAAAGGCUCUUCGGCUUAUUUUACUUAAAAUAGAUAUUGCUACCUAGCUGGAAAACGUUAUGUAAAAUUACGCGUAAACAUUCAUAGGCAAGCAAAUAAGGUAUCAAUCAAAACAUCGGGAAUGACCCAAUACAACGGGUCCGCAUCGCACGGCGGAGUACAGAAACCCAGAGUCGGAAACCCGACUAUAGCAAUCCUUUCUUGUUUCAACUCCAGUUGUCAACUGAAAAUAUGUAUUAUUGGAAAUCGAUUUUAAAA